GCUACAGGUUCUCUUACAUCGACCUCCUAAGAGUCGCGCUGUAAGAAAGCACCGUCCUCGCGCCGGUUCCAUUUCUCGACCCUCGAGCGAGCCCCGCCGCCGCCGCCGCCGCCGCCAUGCGUGAGUGCAUCUCCAUCCACGUCGGCCAAGCCGGUGUCCAGAUUGGCAAUGCCUGCUGGGAGCUGUACUGCCUUGAACAUGGUAUCCAGCCCGAUGGGCAGAUGCCCAGUGACAAGACCAUCGGGGGAGGCGACGACUCCUUCAACACCUUCUUCAGUGAGACGGGAGCCGGCAAGCACGUCCCCAGGGCUGUCUUUGUGGAUCUAGAACCAACAGUCAUUGAUGAAGUCCGCACUGGAACCUACCGCCAGCUUUUUCAUCCAGAGCAACUGAUCACCGGCAAGGAAGAUGCUGCAAACAAUUAUGCCAGGGGCCACUACACCAUUGGCAAAGAGAUCAUUGAUUUGGUCCUUGACAGGAUCAGGAAGCUGGCUGACCAGUGCACAGGUCUCCAGGGCUUUCUGGUCUUCCACAGCUUUGGAGGUGGCACCGGCUCUGGUUUUACUUCCUUGCUGAUGGAGCGCCUCUCCGUUGACUAUGGCAAGAAGUCCAAGCUGGAGUUCUCCAUCUACCCAGCCCCCCAAGUCUCCACCGCAGUAGUCGAGCCCUACAACUCCAUCCUGACCACCCACACCACUCUGGAGCACUCCGACUGCGCCUUCAUGGUAGACAACGAGGCCAUCUAUGACAUCUGCCGCAGGAACCUUGACAUUGAGCGCCCCACCUACACCAACUUGAACAGGCUGAUAGGUCAGAUCGUGUCCUCCAUCACUGCUUCCCUGCGAUUUGAUGGUGCCCUGAAUGUAGAUCUGACAGAGUUCCAGACCAACUUGGUGCCCUAUCCCCGUAUCCAUUUCCCUCUGGCCACUUACGCCCCCGUCAUCUCGGCUGAGAAAGCUUACCAUGAACAGCUUUCUGUCGCUGAGAUCACCAACGCUUGCUUUGAGCCGGCCAACCAGAUGGUGAAAUGUGACCCUCGCCACGGUAAAUACAUGGCCUGCUGCCUGUUGUACCGUGGGGAUGUCGUUCCCAAAGAUGUCAAUGCUGCUAUUGCCACCAUCAAGACCAAGCGUAGCAUCCAGUUUGUGGACUGGUGCCCCACUGGUUUCAAGGUUGGCAUCAACUACCAACCCCCCACGGUGGUCCCCGGAGGCGACCUGGCCAAAGUGCAGCGUGCCGUGUGUAUGCUGAGCAACACCACCGCCAUUGCAGAGGCCUGGGCUCGCCUGGACCACAAGUUUGACCUGAUGUAUGCCAAGCGUGCCUUUGUCCACUGGUACGUCGGGGAAGGGAUGGAGGAGGGCGAGUUCUCCGAGGCUCGGGAAGACAUGGCUGCCCUGGAGAAGGAUUAUGAGGAAGUUGGUGUAGAUUCUGUUGAAGGAGAGGGUGAGGAGGAAGGAGAGGAAUACUAAAGAAAAAUGUCACAAUGGUGCUGCUCUUACAGGGAAUUUAAAGCUAUUUAACAAGAUUCAAGUUCUAGUAUGAUCAGUUGAUCUAUGUAGCAUUGUAUAUUCAGAUACAGUACAUUGUGUGCCCUACAAGAACUGAUCUGAAUUUCAAAACAUUUCAUUGGCCCAAGCCGUCCAAAAAUGUUAUGGGCUUGUGAAUAAAGGCAUUCCCUGUCCUACA